CAAGAUCACUCUGGCAGAAGCAAUGAUCGAGGUGGUGCCCGAUCCCCGGCAAAGCCCGAUCUGGAGACCACGUGUAGUUGACGGGAGUAAUCGUGCCGAGACGGCAAGGCGGGUCGGAGAUUGCGGGUCAACGGCAUUGACAACUGAACGGAUUGGUCACCAAGUUGGCGUAAACAGUCUUCUUGCCUCUUCCAAGCUUCGUCUCUGAACAUCCCUAGACUUCAUUUGUCUUUAUUAUCCAUUUGUCCCUAUCAGUUGUCGACAGAAUUUAUAUAUUGUGCCAUAUGCCAGGCAAUCAACGAGAAAGGAGCGUGUCUGGUGAACUCGAGGACUCAGACAUAGGAUCUCCUUUUGACAAUGGUCAGGACGGCAGCGACCAGAACGCUGCGUCAGGGAAGCCUGGCCGCAAGAAAAACCCCAACUCACAAGCAGCUAGACGGGACCAGAAUCGUAUAGCGCAACGGGAAUUUCGUCUGCGCAAGCAGCAACGAAUUCGUGACCUUGAAGCUAGUGUCGAAAUCUUAUCUGGAGGCAAGGAUGAAGCCCUCACACAGAUGCGCAAAAUCAUGAAAGACCUUAUGCAGGAGAAUCAGGUUCUCCGAGGUCUACUGCGUAAUCUCAGCGGUUUCAUUGGCGACGGAGCCGGCGGUGUGCUACCCAAAAUGGGCUGGGAUCUGAACGAUUUCAACAACUUUAUAAACCGUUCGGAGACGGACACAGCUUGGGAGAGCUAUCAGCGGCACAAAAGAGAUCAAUCGCAUGCGCAAGCAGCAGGUCCUUCGAAACGUUCUGCUGAAGACGAUGUCAAUGGCUCGCGUGCGAAACGACCUCGGCCUCCCGGUGCAGAUGAUGAACGCGAAGGGUAUUCUUUGCUUGUGCCUAUGAAUCCAGCCGUCCCUCCUGUUCCCGCUGGUGGCCUCUAUCCGCAGAAUGGUUCUUCUCAGGGCAGUCUUCUGAAUGAAUUGCUACGUGGUACAUCUGGGUCUCCUAUGUUUGUCCCUCCCACUUCGCCUGCGAACCCUUCUGGCCAAUAUCCUGCUCCAACGGCAACAAGCGUCAGCGCACAGGGCACAUAUACAUCGACAUAUAUACCACCGAUGAGUUCGCCUAUGAACAUCGUUGAAUCACCUGUGUCGUCUUUGCCUUUGGCUAUAAAUACUAACGCUUCUGUCUCAAACGGUGGUCCGACCUCGCCACAAGACAAGUCUGCGAAUGAAAUAGAAGUCAAUCCCAAAACCGAGGAAGCUAUGAAACUAAUUCAUUACCACCUCGAAAACUACAAACGUAAUAGUCAGUACUGCCUGCCCUCGUCGCUUCGACCGACCCUGGUUCAAAGGACCAUCCCUCAUGAGAGUGUAAUUGAUGGCAUCCUACAUCCAGAGCUUCGUGAUCGAAUGAUUCUACUGCGUGGUCGUUUUAAUCUCGUCGACUGCUUGCACGACUACCGAACAGCGGUCAUCAUCCAUGGUGACGAUGUUUUGGCUCAUGCUAACUGGGAAAUUAAAACAAGUUGGCUACAGACAUACCAAUUCUUGGUGGAUAAGCAGACUCUGAGCUUCAUCAACCGUUGGCGAAAAGAACGGGGUGAACCGGAGCUGUCUGUGACGGAAUACGCAUCUGCAGAGCCGAACCUCCCUACUUAAUUUCAAGAUACCUCGUUUUGGAUCUUCUGAUGUUUUAUAUUUGCUUUGACUCUAGUCGUCGCAUGUUAUCGUGUAUGUAUUGUAGAAUGUAUAGGUUGGCUGUUUAAGGUCAUUCAGUGUCUCCAGUAUCAUAAUGUUUGAAUAGAAAAACGUACAGCUGUGUAAUAAUGCGCAAAGAUUACCAGGACGCUUUAUGAACACCAGGCAGCUCCCCUGCGCGAGCUUUAAGUCGGAAUUGGAA